AUGAAUCCAGCCACACCUAUGCGCCAAGUGCCCGGCGCAUUCCUCAACACCCCCGCUGCCCCGAGGACCGAUGAUGCUCGACGCUAUUUGGACUCGCUUCCUGAAAAGAACACUGCGAGGCCGGCGCUAGGAGGGUUUGGAUCCUAUAAUGCUGGUGGUGCCGGUGUUGCUUCCGGACCCGUGACUGGGCCCGUCUCUGGCCCCGUUGGCGGCGCCGGUGCUGGACCUGUUGCUCCUCGCCCCGUGUCGCAGGUGCCUGUCCCAACGGUGCCAGCUCAAGCCCGCACAGAUCUACCACCGGUUGCCAAGGCUGCGCGGCGCAUCACUAAUACCCUACUACGUGACGAGAACUACCCCGAUGUUGACUCUUAUGCUAGAGCUGGCUCCUCCUCGGACUAUGACAUGUACAGCACCGAUGACGCGCCCGGCGCCCCGUUCAAGAAGACUCACAUGCACCCCAUCCCCGAUCAAGUCUUUGAGCGGUUAAACAGGGGAGAGGUCAACACGCAGCUCGGCUUGUUCGCCGACAUCAACUACGCGUGGGCUGCUAUUGACAGCUCCCUCUUCCUCUGGGACUAUACCCACCCGAACCCCGAACUCAUCGGCUACGAAGAUGCCACAACCACCAUUAGCGCUGUCGCCCUGGUGCCCCCUAAACCCGGCGUGUUUGUUAGUAACAUCACCCAUAUCCUAGUCGUUGCUACGGGCACCGAGAUAGUUCUGUUGGGCGUAUCCGCGACACCUACCCCUUCGGGAUCCAAGACCGUCUCCCUCUACCAAACAAAAAUGGCAGUACAUCGCGGAAGCACCGACGUCAGCAUAAUCGUCGGCACCGCGAGCGGCCGUAUCUUCUUUGGAGGUUAUACCGAUACCGAUAUCUACGAGCUCCUUUACCAGCAAGAAGAGCGUUGGUUCUCGAGCAGAUGCGCCAAGGUCAACCACACACAUCCCGGCUGGACGUCGGUUGUUCCUAACCUCCCUGUGCCAAUGGGCUUCUUGGGCCACCGUGAUCAGGAACACCUUGUCCAGUUGGUUGUCGACGAUACUCGGAAACUCCUAUACUCCCUCUCGGACAAGUCCACCAUUCGAACAUACUUUAUGGAGCCGUCUGGGAAACUGACAAAGGUUAUCGAGAAGAACAAGGUCUCGUGUCUCAGUGAUAUGACUCACAUGGUUGACUUGAACAGGAACCCAUUGCUUAAUGAGAGAGUCAGGAUUGUCUCCCUUAGCGCCAUCUCGUCGCAAGAGGCUUCAAAGUCUCACCUCAUGGCACUCACCAAUACGGGAUGUCGCUUGUUCCUUACUGCAACAAGCGCGGCAUCCUAUAUGUUGAACGCGUCAGCAAACCUUGCUCCUCAGAGCAUGCAGGUCCAGUACAUCAAAUUCCCUCCUACGAGCGAAGACCAGCAGGUUCCCCUGCGCAACGAGACCAAUACUGCUGUUGCAUAUGCGCCUGCCCCUGCGGCUGCUCAGGAUCAAAUGUCCGGAACUUUGAUUCCCCUGGGCGAUGGAAGCCGAGUUCUUGCUAUCGGCCUUACUGGCAAGCCUUUUGCGGCUGCGAAGCAACCACUCGGAUUCGGCAACGAGCUAGCUGUUCAGUUUGACCAUACCCCAAGCGAGUUUGCUGUACUCACCAACACCGGCAUUCAUAUCGUUCGCCGCAGGAGGUUCAUCGACAUCUUUGCUAAUGCGAUUCGCGUUGCAUCUGGCGAUGAGGACUUGGACAACAAGGUCAAGACCUUCACGACCAUCAACGGCAGGGUCGAGAUGGUCGCGGCUGCGUUGGCGGUAGCAUGCGGUCAGGGAGGAGACUCCCGUCGCGCUGUGGACCCCCUUACCGAGGACAGGGCGCGGUCCAUCUUUAUCAACUAUGGAGGUCAGCCAAAGCUCGCGGAUGCAGAUGUCUUGCAGGCGCCGGAGGACAACGUCCAGCUCUCGGCUCGCCAUGAUGCGCUGGUACUCUAUCUUGCGCGCCUCACCCGCACGCUGUGGAAGUCCAAGGUCAUUGCGAUGGCUACGGAUAGCGCUUCGGGUGGUUUCACUGUUGGCUCGGCCAUUCCUGUUUCGAAGCUCAUGACGGUACAGGAAAGUGUGCAACGACUAAGGAGGUUCCUUGAGCAAAACAAGAGUCUCAUUCAGGGCCUGGCCGGGCCGUCUGAUCGGGUCUCUAGCAGACAAGAGGAGAUCGCUUUGCAGCUGGAGCACCAGUCGCUUCAUGCUUUGCGCCAGCUGAUGGACAGCGUGUCUGAGGGCAUUUCCUUUGUCCUGAUGCUGUUCGAUGAGCGGGUAACCGACAUCUUUAUGCGCCUAGAUGAUACGUCCAAGCAGCAGCUGCAAAACCUCACGUACGAGGGUUUGUUUUCUCAAGACUCUGGAAAGGAGCUCGCCAAGGUUCUGGUUAAGGCUAUUGUUAACCGCAAUAUUGCCAACGGAGCCAAUGUCGAGACUGUGGCCGAUGCACUCAGGAGAAGGUGCGGCACUUUCUGCUCGCCCGAUGACGUCGUGAUCUUCAAGGCUCAAGAACAACUGCAGCGGGCCAGCGAGUCACUGGGCAACCCCAACCUCAUGCGCACUCUGCUUGCGGAGAGCUUGCGGUUGUUUGACCAGGUGGCGGGAAGCCUGACCAUGACCAACCUGCGCAAUGCGGUUGAGCAGUACAUUAACCUCAAGUAUUACGCUGGCGCUAUCCAGCUGUGUUUGGUCGUCGCGAGAGAGAAGGACCGUGGAAACUCGGCUCUUUCUUGGUUCAACGAAGGCAAGCCGGCCAACGAUCCCCGUGAAAAGGCUUUCAACGACCGGACAAGUUGCUAUUCCUUGAUUCACGAGGUUCUUGACCGCCUAGAGAUUGCCUCAGCCUCGGAACCGGAUAUUGUAGACGGCAGGCCGACCCUCGCUGCCACCAAGCGGGCGGAGGCGUACAGCGUCGUUAACAGCUCGGAGGAUGAGGUCUUCCAUCUCGAUUUGUACGAUUGGUACAUCGAGAAGGGUUGGACCGACCGUAUGUUGGCCAUUGACUCUCCCCAUGUCAUCACAUACCUGCAGAGACUUGCCGCUGUUGAUGCUCAGCACGCUGAUCUUCUGUGCCGCUUCUACACGCAACGGAGCCGCUUCUUCGAGGCCGCUCAAGUGCAGGCUGAUCUUGCCAAGUCAGAUUUCCCUCUCGGCAUCAAGGAACGCAUUACCUUGUUGAGCAGAGCCAAGGCCAAUGCCAGCGUCACCACUGUCGGUGUGAGUCGCCAGCAACAGCAGCUCCUCAACCACGAAGUGACGGAGCUGCUGGAAAUCGCCCACAUCCAGGACGAUCUGCUUGAGAGACUAAGGGCCGAUCCUCGCAUAGCAGCUGAUAAGCUCCCUGAUAUUGAGAAGGUUCUGGAUGGUCCCGUCCAGGGCCUUUCUACUCUCUUCAACGAUUUCGCCGAUCAGGCCGGAUACUACGACCUCUGCUUGCUCAUCUACAACGCUGCGGACUACCAAAACCCGCACACUAUCAACGAGACGUGGGAGAAUCUCAUCAGCCAGAUCCACUUUGAAACCGAGCAGAAGCAAGAGGCGUGGCGUCUCCUAGAGGCCGGCGAGGCAUUGCCCGACGGUUUCGAGGCUCUUGAAGUUCCACCCCCCAUGCCCUACGAGGCUGUCGUCUCCCAGAUCCAGUCCAUUGCCCACCGCACCUCCCUCGACAGCCUCAUCUUCCCCGUCGACACUCUUCUCCCCAUGGUCUGCGGCUACGCCAUCAACAAUCACCAGGACGCCUCGAUCGGCGCCGACCCCUGCUGGCCCGUCGCCGCCUUCCUGCAGCUGGGCGUCCCUCACACCCUGAUCGCUCGCGUGCUCGAGAACAUGUUUGACGCUCAGGAGGCGCCCUUCGUUAGCAAACACAGAAAGUCGGUCGUGCAGUGGAUCAACCUCGUGGUCGACUCGUGGAUCCGCGAGAUCGAGCACCGUGGCUCGGCCUCGGGAAAGAACGGCGACGGCGCUAUCACCACCUGGGUCGCUGAGUUGCUGACGAGAGCCGAGGAGGCGCUGGUGGCGAUCGCUGCGGGUACCAGGGACCCCGCUCAGGCGGUGAGCCUCACGGCUACCAGGAGGGACACUAGAGAUUUGAAGAGGAAGACGCCCAUGACGCCCAGUAACAAGAAGAAGCGGACGUCGUUUAAGGCCACGGUGGAGGAAAUUCCAGAUGGGGCGGAAGAUUCGAUGCUUGGUGGUAGUAUUCCUGGAAAGUGGAAGAGGGGAUUUACUUGA